UUUUUCAACGUGACGCCACCACAACUAUCAUGGCGGCGACCAAGAGCAGCAACGUGAGACUAGAAUCCUCUACGGAAAGUAUUAAGAAACCACACAGAAUAGUCAUAAACGACAAAGUUGAAAGUAUUCUUCAGAGCAAAAAAAAUGCAAAUGAAAUAUUUGAUCUACUGGAGUAUUUGCAGUCUGACAAAGAAAAGGAGGUUGUGCGUGGGGUCAACGCAUGUGGACAAUUGUUUUGCGACUUGCUGGAGAGAGGUGACUUGUUUGUCGGCAAGCUACCAAAGGAAGAGGAACUGUUGGAGGGUGAACGUAGUGCCGAUGACAAGUAUCGCAUGUUCCUGAGGUACCGAUAUAACAGCUGCAUAGAGCAGCUGCUGGAGAACAUGGGACACAAGGUGUACCAAGUGAAGGAGUCAUCCCUGUGUAUGCUGAUGAAAUUUGCAUCAACAGAGGGGAAGUUUCCCCUGCAGAAGCUGGACUGGUGUGAGCAUUACAGCUUCCCCAGAGAGCUCCUAGAGGCAGUGGUCCAGCGGUUGCUGUCCGACAGUGAGGACAUGGCCAUGCUCAUCUCCAGGUUCCAGGAGUUCCUCGAGAUGGAUGAUGUGCGCUAUUACGUCAUGUGCUCCCUUCGGGAUUACGUGGCUAAAGUCAUGGAUAAAAACAAAGGGGCCGUGAUGCCCACAUUCCAGAACAAUGUGUUUGCGCUUCUCUCCAACAUCAACAUGCCCAGUCAGGAGUCUGAGCUCACCAACUUCAUGGCCACACAAGGAGCUAAGCAUGGUGAUUGGAAAGCAGCCAAAUUUAAAGAGCACAGACGUGUCUUUGAGAGGACGUGGUUGAUGUUCUUGAAGUACAAGUUACCAGGUAGUAUGUACAAGAAGGUUCUGGUGAUCAUACAUGACUCAAUCCUUCCUCACAUGAGCGAGCCAACACUCAUGAUAGACUUCCUAACGGCUGCCUAUGAAAUUGGUGGAGCUAUCAGCUUACUGGCUCUGAAUGGUCUGUUUGUUCUCAUACACCACCACAAUCUAGAGUAUCCAGACUUCUACAAGAAACUCUACAAUCUACUGGAACCCUCAGUGUUCCAUGUGAAGUACAGAGCACGCUUCUUCCAUCUGGCCAACCUUUUCCUCUCCUCAACGCAUCUGCCAGUCUAUCUGGUGGCUGCGUUUGCCAAGCGUCUCUCGCGGCUGGCCCUCACAGCACCACCUAACGCUCUGCUCAUGCUCCUUCCCUUCAUCUGCAACCUGAUCCGACGCCACCCAUCCUGCAGAGUCCUCAUCCACAGACCCAGUGCAGAGGAGCCAUGUAACGACCCGUACAGCAUGGAGGAAGAGGACCCUGCCCAGUGUCGUGCUCUGGAAAGCAGCUUAUGGGAGAUCAAGACUCUGCAGAACCAUUACCACCCAGAUGUUGCAAAGGCAGCCCAGGCAAUCAAUCAGCCUUUAUCCGAGAUUGAGGAGGACAUCAGUAAGCGGCUUGAGCUUUCUACAUUUGGGCUCAUGACGAAAGAUCUGAAGUCGGCGCCCAGUAAUGUUCCACUGGAGUUUGAUACAGUUUCACAGCUUCUUAAAGGCUCUAGGGAUGUGCUGGGGGCUCAUUUCUGCCUGGAGUAAAUACAGAAUUGGUGCAAUCGUUUUUUUUUUUUUACUGUAAACUCAUUUUUGCAUAACACAAUUUGUAUCAGUGUAUAUCCCUGCAAACUGAAAUAAAUGUUUGGUUUAAGUCUCUAAAUAA